UGUUACAGUACGGUCCUUCUGUUUCCGGGUCUGGAGGAGAGCAGCGGUGUGAUUUCAGAGGAGUAUAUUUUCCAUCAAAAUGCAGGACCCAAAUGAAGACACCGAGUGGAACGAUAUUCUCCGGAAGAAGGGGAUCCUGCCUCCAAAAGAAGUCCCUAAAGAGGAUGAGGAUGAGGAAGAGGAGUUAGCCCUUCAACAACAGUCUGUCGUGAAAACCUAUGAGAGCAUGACAUUAGAAGAACUGGAGGAGAAUGAGGAUGAAUUUGGUGAAGACGAUGAAGCUGCAAUGGAGAUGUACAGACAGAAGCGACUUGCUGAGUGGAAAGCCGCUCAGAUGAAGACUAAGUUUGUAGAAGUGGGUGAAAUCUCAGGACAGGACUAUGUCAAAGAAGUCAACCAGGCUGGGGAGGGCAUCUGGGUUGUUCUGCAUCUGUAUAAACCAGGUAUCCCUCUGUGCACGUUGAUAAACCAGCACCUGAGUGUUUUGGCACGGAAGUUUCCUCAAACAAAGUUCCUGAAGUCCAUUUCCACUACCUGCAUCCCAAACUACCCUGAUCACAACCUGCCCACCAUCUUCGUCUACUACGAGGGCGACAUGAAGGCACAGUUCAUUGGACCUCUUGUAUUCGGGGGAAUGAACCUCAAAGUGGACGAGUUGGAGUGGAGGUUGUCAGAAUCUGGAGCAGUGAAAACAGACCUGGAGGAAAACCCCAAAAAACAGAUCGAGGAUAAACUCAUGUCAUCGAUCAAAUGUUCAAUACCAUCGAGAAAGGACAGUGACGACAGCGAUGAGGACUAUUAACACUAUGGGCAAAUUCAAAAUGGCAGCUCCAUACACUCCAGAGACCUGUCAGACCAUCUCUAUACAGCAGAAGAGACAAAAAAAGAGACAAAACCCUGUGAUUGGGAGUUGUAUGUCUUAUGUUUGUAUGUUUUGCUCAACGGCAUAUAGGCAGGACAUUUUGAUGGACAAUUUUACAUCUUCACUUGUCAAGAAAAUAUUACCUUUUAGACAAAUAUUACCACAACAAGCCUCUACAAAUGCUUCAAAACAAAUUAGAUAUUUUUUAUUAUGUUCAUGUGUCAAAAAGCCACAUUAAAUACAUUUGAAAGAAUCUAAGUUUAAUCUCUUUGCCACAAUAAUCAUGCCAGCUUUUGUGCAUGCGACUUCUUGUAAUAGGUUUUUUUACAGGUUAUAAACGAUUUUUAUUUAAA